AUGUCCGAAAUCAACGUCACUGCGAUCUUCUACGCUAAGCCUGAGAAGUUUGAUGAGCUAGCCAAUCUUGUGACCGAAGUCAUCAAAGAUGUGCAAGAACACGAACCCGACACACUUCUCUACUAUGCAUUCCAGCUCAGGGAGAAGAACGAGAUUGUAAUUGUGGAGAGAUACAAGAACCGGGCCGCAAUCCAGACUCACGUCAAAUCGCCUUAUUUCCGUGCCUUCUCAGGCAAGUUAGCCCCUCUGUUGGCCAAAAAGACCGAGAUCAGGGCAGGCGGGUUCCUGAGUGGUUCAAGGGGCGUGUCGCGACUGUAG